AUGUGGCGAAGCUUCAAGGAUGAAUUAAGUAUUGAAAGCGAUAGUAUUGCAUUAUCAGUACAAGAAAAUAUCUUAUCAGACGUUCUACCAAAAAAGCAAUCUAUUACAAUUGAUAUCGUUGAACAAAACGAGGCGAAGCAAGAAGAAGCAGAGGAAAAUUUGAUUGAAAAUUCAACAAUAUUGAAACAAGAAUUGAAUAAAUCAAAAGUGAAAAAAAUCGAUCGAGAAGUGAAACAAACGACGCAAACGCAACGAAAAUCAAUUUCUAAAAAUAUGGCAGAAUCAAUAUUUGAUUUUAAUUCAAAAGUUAGUCGUCGUGCACCUGAAUUACCGAGUACCGAUGGUAUUGAAUAUCCAAGAGCUGCAGCUUGGGCUAGUGAAUCAUUAAACAAUGUUUUAAAAGAUGAAAAAGGCCGUCAAUUGUUUCGUGUUUUUUUGCAUGAUUCAUUAGCGGAAGAAAAUUUAUCAUUCAUUGAAUCAUAUGAUAAAUUCAAGCAGAUGACUUCACCAGCUGAUAAAAAGCAAUACAUUCAAGAAUUUUUUGAAAAAUAUUCACCAUACGUCAAUCUUAGUAGUGUUGCUUUGCAGAAAAUUAAAGAAACUGCAGCAAAAGAUGAUCCGGAUCCGGCAGCAUUUUUGCUUGCUGUAAAGGAAGUAAAUAGACUUCUGGAAAAUGAUCAAUUUCCAAGAUUUAAACGAUCUGAUGUUUACAUUAAUUUUCUGGAAAAAGUUAUGCCACGAUCAUAUGCUGAUAAAUGGGCUACCAGUUUUGAAGCGCUUGUUGGAAAUCAGGUUGGCCGAUAUUAUUUUCGUUAUUUUUUGCGAAAUAUUCAUGCAGAAGAAAAUUUACGCUUUUGGGAAGCAGUAAUUGAGUAUAAGCAAACAAAGAAUAAAAGUACUGCAAUGCUUAAUAUGGGACGAAAUAUUCAAAAACAAUAUUUGGUUGAAGGUACAACCAAUGAGAUAUUUCUACCAUUUGGUUUACGUCAAGUGAUUGAUAAUCGAAUUGAAACAAAAGAUGUAGACAGUACGUUGUUUGAUGAAGCAGUAAAACACGUUGAACAGGUACUCAAGAAUGAUCCAUAUGUUCGAUUUUUGCAAUCAACUGAAUAUAAUGAUUUAUUGGUGAAAUUAAAAUGA